UUUAUGUACUUCGAUCUUGGCGACAGCGACAAGUAACUAAUUACUUAGUUGUGCCUGGUGCGAAGGUAGCUGCUGCCGUUGUGGCUCCUAACCUAAGACUCUAAGCUUCGCAUGUGCGAAUAUUUAUUGCAUUAGCUGCUAGGAAGUCGCUUUUGAAACAAUGUUUAGGUUAGCGACCUUUCUUCUGCUGGUAGCGUUAGGCCACGUCAGCUGUAGCGACUAUGAUGAUGGAUUUCGUAAAUUUGAAUAUAAGCAUAGCUUCAAACCUCCCACUGUGGCCGACAAGAAAGGGAGAAUACCGUGCUGGACGUAUGAUGAAAGUGCAAUGGCAUCUAGUGAUCAAUUGCGUCUGACUCCAUCCAUUCGCAGUCGGAAAGGAAUGGCGUGGAAUAAAUUUCUCUUUGAGAAGGACUGGUGGGAAGUAGAGAUGGUGUUUCGUGUGACUGGAAGAGGCAGAGUCGGUGCUGAUGGUCUGGCGAUGUGGUUCACGGAGCAGAAAGGCACAAGUGGUCCGGUGUUCGGUUCCUCAGAUCAGUGGCAUGGCCUUGGCGUGUUCUUUGACUCCUUUGACAAUGAUGGUGCUCAAAACAAUCCCUACAUUCUGAUGGUGCAGAAUGAUGGAACCAGGAUUUAUGACCAUGUUACGGACGGAUCAAGUCAAUCAAUGGGAGGAUGCAUGCGGGAUUUUCGAAAUCGCCCUCAUCCCCCUCGUGCUCUGCUAACGUAUUACCAGAGCGAACUUACACUUCGAAUCGAUAUGGGUAGCUCAGCCCAGCCUAACUACGAGAUUUGCGCCCGAGCACAAGGCAUCAAGUUACCACCCGCUGGUUACUUUGGUCUGUCGGCAGCAACUGGAGGACUAGCAGAUGACCAUGAUGUCAUAUCAUUCAAAGUCAGUUCUAUCACUGGGCCACCUUCUGACACGGAGCCCGAAGCCGCAAAACCAUUUAACCCUGAAGACUUCCAGCAAUAUGAGGAUGAGUACAUGAAGCGAAGUGAGGAGCUGAACAAGCAGAAAGAUACAUUCUACAAGGAGCAUCCAGACAAGAAGCCCGAUGACCUUGCAGAUUGGGAUACAGAGUAUGAAGACCCCACUGACAGGAGACUACGUCUCAUCUUGGAAGGUCAAGAUGCUGUGAAGGAUCAGAUCAGGGCAUUAAUGACGCACAUCUCAACGACGUCAUUGCAAGCAGCCGGAGGUCAAGCCCAGCAAACUGGUCAACAGCAACAGCAGCAACAGCAACAAGGGCAACUCAGUGCUGCGAGUGUUGCUUUGCUCAAUGAUCUUCAAUCCAAGCUCAAUCAGAUCUCACAGGAGCAGAUUGUUUCGGCACAAAUGCUGAAAGAGAUCAGAACGAAGACCGAUGGUGCAGCGGCGACAGGUGGUGCACAGCAGCAUCCAGGAGCCAUGCCGAUCGCAGGCACGGACAUUAAGAACUUACAGAACGAGGUCACUGGGCUGAAGGCCAGCGUUGAGAAUGUUAUGAGAUUGAUGGAGUCUGUCAAGACUGCUACGGCCCAGGGCAACACUGGCAGUGAUGCUUCGCAAACGAGCUGUGUAUCUACAGUAACGUUCAUGGCAGCAAGCGUGGUGCAGCUUGUGCUUGUGACUGCAGUAGUGGUCAUGUACGGACGGCAGCGCGCUGCUCAUGACAAGAAAUUCUUUUGAUCCAGGCGGCCAUGUUGCAUGCAUGCAGCGCUGCACUCCGCGGAAACAGCCAGGACUUGCUUGCCACAGUAUCCAUUGCUCUGAGGUGCACCAAUUCGGCACUUGACCGCCUUACAUAGUUGACCCACUAGUAUUUCAUGGUAGUGCUGUGUAUUAUGCAUCGACUAUUGCCCUCAUACACUGUAUCAGUACUGUUUCUUUUGUUCAGCCGAAGCCUGCAACGAAGUUCAAAGGCAGUGAAAUGAGAAUACCAUCAUUGUAGUACCAUUCCAGUCUAUAUUCCGUUUUGUACCCUUUGCUUGUACAUAGCUUAUUUGUAGACACCCAUACCAGUGUGUGUGUGUGUGUGUGUGUGUGUGUGUGUGUGUGUGUGUGUGUGUGUGUGUGUGUGUGUGUGUUUGUGACUUUAUGUGUGUGUGUGUGUUUGUGUUUGUGCGUGUGUUUGUGACUGUGUGUGUGUGUCGCCAUUUCAAUGAUGAUUAUUUAAUGAGCCACUCAAUGUGCUGUCAUCUCCAAGUUUUAGGUCAUGAUUGUGUGGCUUGUACAUGUACAAUGUAUGAAUAGUUUUCUAUCAUACUAUCAUAUCUAGCCGUAUUAAAGGAUCAGGUACCAAACGUCCUAUUGUGAGCACUGAA